AUGCUCGCUGAACGAACGGUCGAUGGCCUUCUGGCCGAACAUCCCGGUGAACUGGUUCGAACCGGUUCACCGCAUGUGGUGUGCACAGUACUGCCGCCUCAUUGGAGGUCUAACAAGACGCUGCCAGUGGCGUUCAAAGUGGUGGCACUGGGUGAUGUUGGAGAUGGUACUGUGGUGACGGUACGAGCGGGAAAUGACGAGAACUAUUGUGCCGAGCUCAGGAACUGUACGGCGGUGAUGAAAAACCAGGUGGCCAAGUUCAACGAUCUCAGAUUCGUCGGAAGAAGUGGAAGAGGCAAGAGCUUUACCCUGAGCAUAAUCGUAUCAACGACGCCGCCUCAAGUAGCAACUUACAGCAAAGCUAUCAAGGUUACUGUGGAUGGACCGCGGGAGCCAAGAUCUAAGACCCGUCAGCAAGGUUUUCAUCAUUUCCCUUUUGGACCAAGGCACUUCACACCCGACCCCUUAGCAGGGAGUUUACCUUUCAAGCUAACCGGUAAGUUGUCUUUUAUUUUAGGACAUCGACAGUGUGUUUAG